CUAAUAUAUAAAUUCCCCCUUUUCUCUCUUUGUCUACCUCUAUUUUCUUCGCCGUUAACGUAUCUCUCUCCUUUCAACUUUCUCUCUCUUCACUUCAACUUCCGUCAACAAUGGCGAAGCGAAAAUCAGCUGGGAAUACGUCGAAUGGUGGUUCGAGUUCUAGUUCUGCUUCGCGAGAGUGUAAAAAGAAGAGAAAAGCUGUUGAGAAGGUUGAAGAAAUUAGCAAUGGCGGAACUGUGGUUAAAGAGGAGGUUGAGAUGAAUGGAGAAGGAGAUGUUGAAGAAAUUAGUAAUGGUGGUGAUGAUGUGGAUUCUCCAUCGGUUUCUGACAGGAAAAUAUCUCGGAAAUUGGUUAAGAAAGAGGAUAUUGGUUGUAGAUUUAUCGGCGACCCAGUUCCCGCCGAUGAAGCUAAACUUCGUUGGCCUCAUCGUUAUCCCGAGAAUGUUGGUAGUGGAAGAAAAAGAGUGAAAAACUCUGAUGAUGAGGACGAGUUGAUUCUCGCAAAGUCUCAUUACUUGAAGGCGGAAGUGGAUGGCUGUAAGAUAUUUGAGUUGAAUGAUGAUGCUCAUGUUCAGUCUGAUGAUGGCCAUGACCCAUAUAUUUGCAAGAUACUUGAAAUAUUUGAAGGGGUUGAUGGUUUACCUUACUUCAGGGCUCAAUGGUACUACAGACCUGUUGACACUGUGAUAAAGGACAGUCUUAAGUUGAGUGAGGGGAAGAAAAGGAUAUUCCUUUCUGAGAUCAUGGACGACAAUCCGUUAGAUUGUCUCCUUGAGAAAUUGUGCAUUGUUAAGGUUAAUCUUAAUUUAGAUAUAGAUGCCAAAAAGUCAGCCAUACCAGAGUGUGAUUACUACUAUGAUCUUAAGUAUUUACUACCUUACUCCACAUUUAUUGCACCAUCAGCAGAUACUGUUGUUUCUCAAAGUGAAUCAGAGUCUACCAUUUCCAGCGACGCUGAUGAUGGGGCAGCGACUACUGGUGAUACCAAACUUGAUACUGGUGAGGUCAAUCAAGGCAAACAAUCAGAAAUGACAUUAUUAGACCUCUAUUCUGGUUGCGGUGCAAUGUCCACUGGUUUAUGUCUUGGUGCAAACUUGGGUGGGACUAAUCUUGUGACGAGGUGGGCUGUUGACUUCAAUAGUUAUGCAUGUGAAAGUCUUGCUCUUAAUCAUCCUGAGACCAAUGUAAGAAAUGAGACUGUUGAUGACUUUUUGUCUUUAAUAAAAGAGUGGCAGAAGCUGUGUGCAUCAUUUAAAUUGGUUAAUGGUGAGAAUACUCAUGAACUUAUUGAUUCAAUGAGUGUGGAUGAUGAUGAUGGUGCGGAGGAUGACGAUGAAGAAGACAAGAAUGAAAGCGAUGACGAAAUAUUUGAAGUAGAGAAAUUUAUUGGGAUCUCUCAUGGUGAUCCCAAUCAAAAUGCUAAACCUGGACUGUAUUUCAAGGUGCGUUGGAAGGGAUAUGGGCCUAAUGAAGAUACGUGGGAACCUUUGGAUGGAUUGGGCAACUGCCGUGAGAGGAUGGAAGAAUUUGUGAAGAGAGGGUACAAGGAAAAACUUUUGCCUUUACCUGGUGAUGUUGAUGUUGUAUGUGGUGGACCACCUUGUCAAGGCAUAAGCGGAUUCAAUCGUUUUAGAAACUCAGAAAAUCCGUUGGCUGAUCCUAAAAAUAAGCAGCUUCUUGUAUACAUGGAUGUUGUCAACUUUUUGAAGCCAAGGUAUGUUCUCAUGGAAAAUGUUGUUGACAUAGUGAAGUUCUCUAAGGGCUUCCUUGGAAGAUAUGCUCUUGGGAAGCUUGUGGACAUGAAUUAUCAAGCCCGAUUGGGGAUGAUGGCAGCUGGUGCUUAUGGGCUUCCUCAGUUUCGGAUGCGUGUUUUCGUAUGGGGAGCACGACCUUCAGAGAAAUUGCCUCAGUAUCCACUUCCAACCCAUGACCUUGUUCUUAGAGGAGUUAUUCCAAGUGAAUUUGAGAGAAACACAGUUGCUUAUAAUGAAGGGCACACAGUUAAGUUGGAAAACAAACUCUUACUUGGUGAUGCUAUCUCUGAUUUACCCGAGGUACCCAAUGACGAGAGUCGAGAUGAGAUAAAGUAUGAUCGUCCUCCAGAAACAGAGUUCCAGCGUUUCAUUAGGUUGACAAAGGAAGCUAUGUCUGGUCAAACUGUUGGGUCGGAGUUGUUAGAAACACUUUAUGACCAUCGGCCUCUCCAGCUGAAUGUUGAUGAUCAUCAAAGGGUUUGCCGGGUACCUAAGAAAAAGGGAGCAAACUUCCGAGAUUUUCCAGGAGUUCGUGUUCGUGCUGACAACAAAGUGGAAUUCGACCCUAACAUUGAAAGGGAACGUUUACCCUCGGGGAAACCCCUUGUUCCUGAUUACGCAAUGACAUUCGUAGGAGGAACAUCAUCAAAGCCAUUCGGACGAUUAUGGUGGGAUGAAACAGUUCCUACUGUAGUUACUCGCGCAGAGCCGCAUAAUCAAAUCGUUACACACCCUGUACAAGAUAGGGUGCUGACAAUAAGGGAAAACGCGAGGCUUCAAGGUUUUCCCGAUUACUACCAAUUAAAGGGUCCAGUUAAACAACGGUACAUGCAAGUUGGGAACGCAGUUGCAGUUCCUGUAGCUCGUGCGCUUGGAUAUGCCAUGGCAAAGGCCAGUCAAGGUUCCAUCAGCGAUGAACCAUUGUUAGUCCUGCCCGAAAAGUUCCCAAAUAUGAAUGAUAGGGCAGCCUUACCAUCUGUGGAAGAAGAUAACACCUAUAUCUUGUAGAACCAUUUGAUUAUUGAGGAUAUUCUUUCUUUGAAAUGAUUUAAUUUUUUUCUUUUCACAAAUCACAUUGUAAUUUGUAAUGGUGUGAUGUGAUGUACUAAUACUUAUAAAUUAGCCUGAGAUCCUGGAAUGCUAUCUUUGAGUUUGACUAUACGGAGGUUUCUUUACGGCUCUAUCCAUUUCUAAAUCAUUGAUGUUAUCUUAGGUCCUUCAUUGCCCAAA